UAUUUUGUGUCUGUAAAUUGCGAUUCAUUGAGCGGGGGAUCCGGACAUGCGUGUGUCAGUGUUUGUUAUCCGAGGUCACUACAGUUCAAAGCAGCAUCUCUAGAGAGACAAGACACGCAUAUAGACGCGUGCUGCAUAGAGCUGCAUUUAGACAUUAUAAAUAACGUUAGCGUGUUUUGAUUCCAUUUCAGUGCAUGUUGCGUUUUAUUGCAAACGUUUAACACCGGUUAUCACAACGUGCUAAAGCAGCGUCGCGUUGGUAUCUUUAACGAUAACCUAAUACAUCUGUUUCUUACGUGGGUUGUUCUUAUGUAUAUUAAUAGGAGUAAAACAGAAGUUAUUUGUGUAGAUGCGCUUAUUUAGCACCGCAACAGGCUCACUGUGCGACCAGCCAGUCACACACAAUGAAUUUUCAAUGAGCUCGGGGGUUACUACAGUUCAUUUCGACAGUUCCUGCUGCCUCCAACACUAAAAUGCAUUAUCAGAUGUCGUGGUGUGGUGCGGGCGGUCAGAAAUGCUUCCUAAAACGGUUAAAGUCUUUUAAAAGGAUACCAAAAACAGCAAGAUGAGAAAAGUGCAGUGCUGGUGUGAGAUAGUGCCAGUGAGUUGCGUGUGGUUGGCGGUAGUCAGGACUCAGGAGUGAUGGCUGUGAAGGAGCGGGUGGAGGCGGUGCUGAAUGUGGGCCUGCGGGUCCCCAGUAUCAUGUUGCUUGAGGUGCUGUACCGCUGGGACGUCAGCUCCUUCUUCCAGAAGAUCCAGAGGAGCAGCCUCAACAACAACCCCCUCUUCCAGUACAAGUACCUGGCCCUCUACCUUCACUAUGUGGGCUACAUUCUGAGUCUGGUUCUGCUCACUCUACCCCGACAGCACCUGGUGCAGCUCUACCUGUACGUGCUCACUGCCUUGCUGCUGUUUGCCGGACACCAGAUCUCCAGGGACUAUGUGCGCAGUGAGCUGGAAUCUGGCUACGAGGGCCCGCUGUACCUGGAGCCUCUGUCUAUCAACCGUUUCACUACUGCGCUCCUCUGCCAGCUGGUGGUGUGUACCUUAUGCUCCUGUGUGAUGCAGACCAAACGCAUUUGGCUCUUCUCUGCGCACUUGCUCCCUCUGGUGGCCCGGCUGUGCUUAGUCCCACUGGAGACCAUUGUUUUCGUCAAUCGCUUUGCCAUGAUUUUCACAGGCUUGGAAGUCAUCUACUUUUUGGCCUCCAAUCUGCUGGUGCCAUUUAAUCUGGCCAAGACUGCAUACAGAGAGCUUGCACAGGUGGUGGAGGUUUAUGGGCUGCUGGCUCUGGGUAUGUCUCUCUGGAAUCAGCUGGUUCUGCCGGUGUUGUUCAUGUGUUUCUGGCUGGUUCUGUUUGCCCUGCAAAUCUACACAUACUUCAGCACUCGAGACCAGCCCACGUCUAGAGAGAGGCUGCUCUUCCUUUUCCUCACCAGUAUUGCAGAGUGCUGCUGUACUCCAUACUCUCUGCUGGGUCUGGUCUUCACCGUGUCUUUUGUUGCAUUGGGAGUGCUCACUCUUUGCAAGUUCUACCUGCAGGGUUACAGGGCUUUCAUGAAUGACAAUACCAUGCACAGAGGCAUGACGGAGGGAAUCACUCUUUUGAUUCUGGCUGUUCAGACGGGACUCAUCGAGCUGCAGGUCAUCCACAGAGCCUUCCUCUUGAGCAUCAUCCUCUUCAUUGUGGUGGCCUCCAUCCUGCAGUCCAUGCUGGAGAUCGCUGAUCCCAUAGUGCUGGCACUGGGAGCCUCCAGAGACAAGAGUUUGUGGAAGCACUUCCGCGCGGUCAGCCUGUGCUUGUUCCUGCUGGUGUUUCCAGCCUACAUGUCCUACAUGAUCUGUCAGUUCUUCCACAUGGACUUCUGGCUGCUGAUCAUCAUCUCGUCCAGCAUUCUGACGUCUCUACAGGUUCUGGGCACGCUGCUGAUCUAUGUGCUCUUCAUGGUGGAGGAGCUGCGCAAGGCUCCGGUGGAGAACAUGGACGACGUGAUCUACUGGGUGAACGGCACCUACAGGCUGCUGGAGUUCCUGGUGGCUCUGUGCGUGGUGGCAUACGGCGUGUCCGAGACGGUGUUCGGCGAGUGGACCGUCAUGGGCUCCACCAUCGUUCUCAUCCACUCAUACUAUAACGUGUGGCUGAGGGCUCAGCUGGGCUGGCAGAGCUUCUUACUCCGCAGAGACGCUGUCAACAAGAUCAAGAGCCUGCCUACAGCUUCUCUCCAACAGCUCCAGCAGCACAAUGACAUCUGCUCCAUCUGCUACCAGGACAUGACGUCAGCAGUGAUCACUCCCUGCAGUCACCUCUUCCAUGCCGGCUGUUUGAAGAAGUGGUUAUACGUCCAGGAAACCUGUCCUCUGUGCCACAACCAGCUGAAAGGCUCAUCGCAGCUGGGCUCUUCAUCACAGGACGUCCCGCCGCAAGACACCCCAGCUCAACCAGAAGAAGACCAGGAUCCUUCAGAGCCCGCAGACUCAGAGUCAAACCUCCAGGAUCUCCGGCAAGAUGACAGCAGCACUCGAGCUCCAGCAUCAGAGCUCAGGGCUAGACUAAAACAACAAACUGACCCUCCUGCCUGCUCCUCCUCCUAAAACCAGCUAAAAGACUGAGUCUGAUGGGGUUACCAUCGACUGUGAAUGCUCCUCCUUACGAAAUACAAUCAAAACCCUUAUCUACUAGUGUUGUCAAAAGUAUCGAUGUUUCGAUACGUAUCGAUACUGCAACAUUUCGAUAUGAUAAAAUAUCACUUCCCGUAGUAUUGAUACCUGUCUGUCCCACUGAAGCUUAAUUUUAGUUCAUUUAUCCAGAGUUUUAGCCGAUCAUUUCACAGUUGAUGCACAGUUGAUCUGGUUUUAUCAGUUGCAAGAUUCAAAGCACGUAAAACGAAGCACACUGAAAAAAAUUAUUAAUUGGAUUUACUACAUUUUUUUGAAGGUAAGUGAUUGCAAACAUUUUAUUUAGACUGAGUUUAAACAAACAAAUGAAAUUUAGAAAUGUUCAACUUUAUUAUAAGCCCAUAUCAUUUAUUAAAUGGUUUGUAACCACCUUAGUGCAGUAAAUACAACUAAUAUUUUUCAGUCUGUUAGCGCACAAAUGCUGAAUUCAUUCGACUAUUUUGUGCUUCAGUGCAUAGAUAAAUGUCAGAUAAUGUUAAAAUGCCCUUCUUUAAAAUGUAGUCAAUACUCACUUCACUGAAAUAAAAGUAAAAGAAAUUUCUUAAAGUGACAGUAAUCUGGUGCUGUCAUUGAAAUUCAUCAACUACAAAAUGUAACAACUAUGGGUGUUUGUUAAUUACUGAUUGUUCAAAUGUCAAAAAUAGUGUUUUAAAUUGAUAGUUAGACUAGUGUAACACUGACAUUGAAAUUAAGAAUUGUCUAAAUUGCUUCAUUUAUUAAUUCAAAACAAUCAACAUAGGCUCAUUCUGAAAUUGUAGCCCUGAAUACAUUUCUGGAGAUUGCGAAUUAUGUAGCAAGAGCUACAUAUGGCUGCAUAACAUCUUUAAAACAAAUUGUGAAACGGCUUGCUUACUAACUGACCGCUUCCCUCAUAUGGACGGUCCUUCCGCUGAUACUAGUUUGUCUGGUAGCUCACCAUGUACAUCGGUGGACUUGAGACGGAGAAUGGAGUUAACUGCGACAACAGAGUCCAGUGAAGAACAGUAAAGAACAAUUCCAGAAAGCGGGUAAAACAAUAACAAAAUCUAAAAAAUAAAAAAA